AUGGUGUGGGUUUCCCCUGCAAUGGAUUGGUGGAAGGACAACUUCUGGCUCAUCUUAGCUGUGACCAUCAUCAUUGUUUCCAUGGGCCUUGGCCUCAUCCUGUUCUUUGUCUGUAGGAGGCAGCUUAGACAAGGCAAGGAAUGGAAAAUCACCAGAUCCUUAAGGCGAAACCAAAGAGAGGAGGAAACGAUGUAUGAGAAUGUUCUUAAUCAAGUGCCAGCUCAGUUACCUCCUCUGCCACUCAGGGACUUACCUUCUCCAGAACUUUCCUCUCCACGGGAAACCCCAGUUCAGCCACCAGUUACAUAUUCAUCGUUACACAAAGUUAGAAACACAAAGACAGCUUCCAUCCCAAGCAGCAUCGAGUAUGAAGAUGACUACGAUGAUGUUGAAAUACCUACAACUAUUGGAAAUCAUCAGUUUGAAACAACAAUUUCCUCUUUUUGUCAAGCGGAGAAGGGUUCGCGCAGUGUAUUUUGAAACAAUUAAGACUGGCUGAACUGCUCAGUCACAAAGUGAGCAACGGCAUCAGCAGAACCUUCAUCGUAGAGAAGACCCAAGCAGCUAACAGACGUCAGAAGACACCGGUGAUCCCUGGCCAGAGAGACGCAAAUCAAAACUACAAUGCAAUACCAUCUGAUCCUGGAUAAAAUGACACUGAUUAAAUAAAAAAAGACAUGUGCCAGCCUG